AUGGAGAACAUCCGCCCCCCCUUCCUUCACCAGGACAGCUAUUUCUCCAUCGCCGAACAGCUAUGGCUCCGCCAGGCGUACCAGAGGGACGAAGUUCAAGACGCACUCUCCCACGACAAAGCCCCCGUCAAGGACGCUGCUGGAGUGCUCCAAUGGUUAUUCAGGCAAGAGAUGACGAAGCCUGGUCCGGGGGAAUCCGAAGAGGAUUUCAAGGCGCGUGUGCGGCGCGCUCGCAAGGAGGAUAGGCCGCGGCUCUCGCGCAAGGUUGAAACUCAGGCAGAGUUCGACGAGCGGAUGAAGACCCUUCCGGAGCAUAUCUAUAAGUGGGUAUCCGACUGGAGGGGGACGUUAAAGCGCGUCAAGGGAGCGGGAGUGGUGGCUUGGCAAGGGCCCCCCAUCCCGCCCAUCACCAAACCCCGAAAGCCCCGCGCACUAACGGGGCUGGAUGUUUUUCAAACCAGCGCAGAAGCUCCUCCGUGGCCUGUGAUUGAGACGGCCGAUGGCAAAUCGCGAGCUGACGUAGCGGGUUGGCGUAAAAUUUGCGCUGAGGCGUGGCCUGCGCUCAGCGACCAAGAGCAGGCCAUCUACACAGCCGUUGCAGACGACAGGAAUCGCAAGCGUGCGGCGGAAGCAGAUGGAGACCACGACAUAGACGACCUCGAUCAGGAGAGUGAUGACGAGUCGCAAGGAGGCGGAACCGGGGUCGCACCCAAAGCCGAGGAUGUCGCCGCAUGGAUCGACAUCCUAAUGGAAGCGUUGUACAAGAAUGCCGGAUGGGGUGGUUUUGUUUACGUGGGCGGGCCAGAUGACACGGACAGCAAAGGGAAGGGUGUGAAUCGCUACGGCCUAUCCUUCCACCAGGCCCUAUUGCAAGCCAUCGGGUGGACCCCGCAGGAGUUUGAGAUGGUGUUCGACCUGUGGGUGCAACAAUCCGUCGCUGGCCCACAGACGGAAGAAGAGCGCACAUUUGCUGUUUUGGCAACCAGAGCCCUGCUAAGAUACCGUGAGAUCAUGAAGGCGCAGCAGUCCUCGACCACAACGCUGGGGGCGGGUACCUCGACCACAGUCGUAGCGAGGCCUGUCAUUGCGACGGACGCACCUGCUGUCGAACAGGUCCCGAUUUCACCGCUCGUCAGCGGCGAUGCCAGUGCGACCAGCUCGUCCCGCGGCCCCAUUCCAGCCACUGGAGACGUCAACAGCGUGCACGACGAGGCGGUGUCUUUGACCAGCGUCGACGAACAUUACUUCCUUCAUGACGAUCUUCCAAUGCAGGACGUGACCCAACAAGCUUCAACGACUCGAGGCGAGGACGUUCCACCCAGCCCAUUCGGCGAACAUAUUCCAGGCUCCGGCAAGGUCAACAACGUCCCCGACGAGGCGCUGUCGUUGCCCAACGACGCCGAAAGCUACUUCGACACUGACGAUCUCCCGAUGCCAGACGCAACCCCCGAGGCCUUGACACCACGCAUUGCGAGUGAGCGAACGGAGGAGGCGGUCGAUGUGGGGGCCGCGCCCGUUCGACUCGAAGAGGCUAUUACCCGGCCUCGGGGGGGCCGCAAGAAGGCGCAGGCGUCUGGAGUGCCAAUGCCCGAGGCGACAGGUUUGCAGGAGAUUGCCCGCCCAACUCGUUCGGUCAAGAAGACGGCAAGAGCUCGCGGGGAUGGCAUGGAUGGGACUGCUCCACUCAUCACGAAGAGGGCGAAAAAUAUGUAG